UUGGAGGGGCAGAACAGUGGCUAAACAGUGGCUAUGUCUCACAGGAAAUGUGCCUCACCGACCCAAUGAGAGACAAGGUCACUUUGUCGAUGAUGAGUGCCAGACGCCUCCUUUUAAACUGAUGUCACAACCUUUAGAAGCUGAUCUCAGCGCACAUAACCCAUGUGAGAUAGUUGUAGAGGUCAACGACUGUGAUGAACUGCCACCUGCAGCACAGGCCUGGGAUCACAGCACAGCAAUUACAAACUCAGAUGAUGACAAGACAAAGUGCAUGGAAGAUGACACAGAAGGCACUUCAUCCUCAGAGGGGGAAUUAUUUAUUGACGACAGUGAUGAGGACUAUGUUCCGACUGGUGGUGCUAAGAAGCCCCAAGUCAGCCAGGACUCCCAUCAAGCCAUCAGCAAGGAAAAACCUUUGAGUGAUGAUGCACACAAAGAGUCAGAAGAAAAGGUUACACUUUUGAUCUCCAGUAAUGGAGAAACUUCAGUGUUCAUACCUGAUGAUGCUGAGAAUGAAGAUGAUGACGACGGUGACGAAGAUGAUGACGAUGAUAAUGACGACGGUGAUGAUGCCGGUGAUGAACACUUGGAUGAAAAGACUGAGAAACCAACAGUAUCAUUCAAACCCAAGAAGACGUUUGAGUGUUCAACCUGUGGAAGAGUGUGUCCGUCCACCAGUGCACUGAAGCGCCACCUUAUAAUUCACUCGGGACAACGACCCUUCAGGUGCUUCAUAUGUGGCCGAGGAUUCACGCAGAGUGGAAACCUCAGAACGCACAUGAAAGUUCAUAAAGGAGAGUCUGGAUGGUCAUUACUGAAAGAGAAGAAACCUCCAGUAAAGGCUCCUGUCAGAGUCAAUGUGUGUAAAGACUGUGGAAUGGUUUUCCCCGAAACAGAUCAGCUGGAAGAACACAAAAAGACUCACCAGAAUUACAAGUGUACUGUCUGUGGAAGGACUUUCAAAAUAGAGCAGUCGUGGAAACUGCACAUGGAGCACAUUCACUCAGAGGAUUCAACUUUUUGUUGUAAAAUGUGCGGUAAGCGCUUCUCCAAAGAAUUAUGCCUAAAAAACCACAUGUUGACACACACUGCUGAAAGGAAAUUUAAGUGUGACCAGUGUGGUCGCGGGUUUCUGUCAUCCGAUAGACUGAAAACACACCUUAAGACGCACACAGGAGAGCGGCCUCACCUGUGCCCCAUCUGUGGAAAAGGUUUCACACAACGAUACUCACUAAAAAUUCACCUGCAAGCUCACACUGGCGAAAAACGUCAUGUUUGUAACGAAUGUGGGAAGCGCUUUUUAUAUGACUCAAGUUUUCAGAGCCAUUUGAAGUCUCACAACAAGAAGCCAAGAGAGCGAACAAAGCCGUUGGGUCGACCAAAAAGACAAAUGGAAACGGCAGAUGAUUCCGAAUGCAAUCCCUGACAUGUUUAAAUGUAUUAAACUAUGUUUUACACAUGCAUGCAUCAGAAUAUGAGCGAGGAAUGGAGGAAAAGCUGAAGCUGUUAUUGUCCUCGUGAGAUUUGUGAUAUUGCCGUUUUGGUUCCUGGACAGCGGCAGCCCCGUCCGCCCUGAUGUCAAGUUGACUGCUGAACUUACACAUACUGUACACAUUGUUGCAAUCACUACUCACCACAGUCUUGUUGCUUUGUUGCUGUUUGUUUGCUGCUUAGAGGAGUCCAAAGGGUGCUGUACAUGGAGGACUAAACUAUGGAUAUCAGUAGAUGCUACCUGAGAAACAGAAGAUUCUGGGAUAUGAGCUCCCUCUUCAAUGAGAAACAUUUCAUGAGGAUUUAUUAGGAAUAAUGAGGGGGGAGAAAAAAGUUAUGUAUGAAUGCGACUGUCAUUGUCCUUUGUUUGAACUCUGACAUGAAUUGUUUACUUGGGUACACACAUAAAAUGGUGUGGGCCAGAUUUCCACGUACUACA